AUGCAGCAAGAUGCAUCAGCUUCAUUAGCUCCUGAUAGGAGAACUUCUCUUCAACCAUGGAACCGUCCGAUGACAUCCGGAAGUCCAUAUUCUACCACUUACGUGGCUACCACGAACGAUGCAACAUUACCACGAAACAGAAUGACCUACCAUGCUCUCUCAACCUAUCACAACAACGAGUGGGAUUCAACGAGACCUUUGGAAGUCGCUGGAACAGCGUUUGCAAACGAAGAAGCCGUCUACGCAGACCCUUUCUCCGCACCCUCAGACACUCCCACCUACAGACGCCAUGCGCGCAGACCUUCUCUGGCAGAAUCUAUCAGGAGUAGUAUUUCGAGUGUUCGGUCAUUAGGCAGGCGUAUGUCAACAAGUAUGAGAGGCAAGGGAAGAGUUGCAUCAGAAGACAAACCCGAAGGCCAUGACGUUGGACAGUCUACUAGGGAACAAGAACAUGUACUGGAAAGACCUGAAACCAUGUCUUCCGCAUCCAGACCUCUUUCAAACAUGAUAGAUCACCUACGACCGCGCCGUCGACCUAGUAUGCCCAUCUUCAAGUCCGCAUCCUUGCAGAGUGCUCCGACGAAACAGCCACAGAGACCAGAAUACCACCGUGCUACGACAAUCAACAAUCGUCCAGAGUGCCCACCAGGUGGUGCCGGGGCUCGUGCUUCGGCAGCUGCUCAGAACGAGGCUCUAUUUAUGGCCAGAGCCACUCCUCUUCCUCCAUACCGCCCACGUUCCUUCGAAUACGACGAAUUCAGGGAUUCCGAAAGUGGUAUAGGUAUCGUGCUAGACACCUUGGACCGCUCAGACUCCAGAACACAACAUCUGGUUCGACAAGAUCCUGCCGAUGUUCUGGCUACAGAACUCAUCGACCACAUGCUCUCCUUCCUAGACGCCUCAACUCUGGUUCAAUUGGAGCUAGUCUCAAGAAGAUGGCGAGAAUUGUGUCAAUCACAAUCUGUUUGGCGUCAGGUUUUCUACCGCAAAUAUGCUCCCUCAAGACCUAGCAGAGUGCUCCGAGGUCAAAACACAGCAGGGUUGGGCAAGAAUGUGGCUGGUCAAGAUUAUCGGAAGCUUUACUCAGUGCGAACACUGAUCGAUAAGAGAUGGGCAAAUGGCGAGGCUGCGGCCAUCUACCUCAAUGGUCACAAAGAUAGUGUCUACUGUAUUCAGUUCGAUGAGGACAAAAUUAUCACUGGUUCUCGCGACAACACCAUCCGCAUCUGGGAUGCUCGCACGUAUCAGUGCAUAAAAAAAAUCUCGCCCCCGAACAACCAACGAGAACGAAAUCCUGUACUUCGACCAGCGGUUGAGCCUUCAGGAGUCAUACCCUUCUUCAAGAUGGAUGCCUCGUCUCAGGAACCGAAAAGCAUACCGGCGAAUUUGUGGCACCAUGCAUCUGUCUUAUGCUUGCAGUUUGAUCACGAGUUCCUUGUGACUGGAUCAUCCGACUUCACGGCCAUCGUCUGGGAUAUCGAGAAUAACUACAAACCUCGCUUUCAACUUGUCGGACACAAGGCUGGUGUUCUUGAUGUCUGCUUAGACUCUAGACGGAUUGUGACAUGCUCCAAGGACACUACUAUCAAGAUCUGGGAUCGAAGAACAGGCACACUGGUCAAGACUCUGACUGGACACAGAGGACCCGUCAAUGCGGUCCAGAUACGAGGCAACUUGCUUGCUAGCGCUAGUGGCGACGGCAUGGCAAAGUUGUGGCGCCUGGAUACUGGUAUGUGCAUCAAGGAGUUUCACUCGAGGGAACGAGGUCUAGCUUGUGUGGAAUUCUCCGAAGACGGUAGGACCAUUUUCGCUGGCGGCAAUGACCAAGUCAUCUUUGAGUUCGACACCACAAAUGGCAAUAUCAAGCGUGAGCUCGCUGGACAUGAAGAACUAGUAAGGUCUCUACAUCUCGAUACAGCAAACGUGCGUCUUAUCAGUGGGAGCUACGACCACUCCAUCAAGAUCUGGGAUGCGAAGAGUGGUGUAAAUCAGCAAGACGGUGGGUUAAAGAUGAAUCUGGAGGGAUGGACUUCGAGCUGGAUGUUGGCGGCCAAGAGCAAUUAUCGCAAGAUAGCCUGUGCUAGUCAGGAUGGAAGAGUAGUCAUUGUGGAUUUUGGGUUUGGUAUUAACGGUGUUGAACUUGUCGAGGCUUAG